UCUACAAACAGAAGACCCGAGAUGGCUCUGCAUGUAGCAUUGCGUCUGCUGUAUCUCUGACACUGGAAGCCCUCUGAGACCACAACCGGACUGCUAUUAACCUUCUCAGCGUUUGCUUAGAUCCGAUCAUCCUGGCUUUGGAUUUUAUGGGUCUCGCUUAGUUCAGGUCAGAAUCGAUUCAGAAUUGGCUUGGAACGAAUGCCGGACAAUCAGGACGGGUUCCGAGAGGUCGGCCCGAGCUGCGACUGGUUGGGACUGGUUUGGAUGAAUAAAGGGUCGGUCUUAAAUGUCCCUGCACGAGUUUCUUCGGGAGGGCCAGGACGCCCCGCAGCGGAUCCUGUCUCGACUGACCCAGCUUCUCUACAACCUAUCAGCUACUGUCUUACAGGGGGUCCCAUUCUCUCCUUUCACAAGCUUCAGCCGCAAGAGCUCGUGGAAGGACUGGAACGAUGAGAUUAUGCUGCAGGAGAGUAGUCCUCUGUGCGCUGCAGACAUCAGCCCUGAUCUCAGGAAACAGUUCGCCUUCCUGUCAGGUGGUCGAGGACAGAAUGGCAGUCCCAUCAUCACCUUCCCAGAGUACCCAGCGUUUGGCGAGCUGGAGGAGGAAGAGUUCCACAACGUGCUGACGUACCUUACCAGCGUUCCCAGUCUCAGCUCGACGGGGGUCGGCUUCAUCCUGGUCAUUGACCGCCGGCAAGACAAAUGGGCGUCAGUGAAGGGGACGCUGCUGCGGAUUGCGGGCUCUUUCCCAGGCAACCUGCAGCUGGUGCUGGUACUGAGACCCACAACACUUUUCCAGAGGACGAUAUCAGACAUUUUGUUUAGAUUAAACAAGGAUGAGUUUAAAAUGAAGGUGCCGGUGAUUAUGCUCAGCUCUGUGACUGAGCUCCACAGCUACAUCGACCGCACACAGCUCACUCAGGAACUGGGCGGCACGCAGGAGUACUGCCACGAGAAAUGGAUUUCACACCGCACCGCCAUCGAAGGUUUUGCUCUGAUGGUGAAGAAAACGGCUCAGAUUUUGCAGUCAUUCGGGACAGAGCUGGCCGAGACAGAACUGCCCAAUGAUGUAGAGGCCACCUCUAACCUUCUGACCAUCCACACCGAGAAGAAAGACAAGAUGAAGGAGGACUUGAGGAUUGCUCUCUGUCAAGGCGGACGCUUGUUGGAGAGCAUCAAUGAGCCGGUGGUGAAAGAUCCAGAUUACACAAUGAACCAGGAUGAACAAGAGAAUUUAUCUACUGUUCAGAGGCUGCUCGGUCAGUUGGAUGAGACGGAAAUGGCGUUUGAUGAUUUUUGGGACAAACAUCAAACCAAGCUGGAGCAAUGUUUGCAGUUGCGACACUUUGAGCAGAACUUUAGAGAGGUCAGAGCUCAAUUAGAUCUGGUGUUUGACAGACUAACAGGUUUCUCAGAAGUGGGAAUAAGCCCCGCCCACGCUGAACAUAUCUUGAAAGAGCUGACCAAUCAUGAAGAGAGAACAUGUGCGGUGCUGGACCGUGCGCUGUCCCUGGCGUGUGAUGCAGACCGGCUCAUUGAAGCAUCUCAUUACGCUGUGGACUCCAUCCUGCCCAAAUGUUAUGACCUGCGAGCUCUGUGUGAGGAGAUCAGUGUUGUCCUGAAGGCCAAGAAAGCACAUCUGCUCAAAGCCGUGGAGCUACAUCAGUGUCUGGAUAAGGCCUCCAAAUGGUGUGAAGAUGGCAUCUACCUGCUGGCAUCCCAGCCUGUGGAUAAGUGUCAAUCACAGGAUGGGGCGGAGUCAGCUUUGCAGGAGAUUGAGCGUUACUUGGAUACGGCCAAUCAGAACAAGCUGACCGAUUUGAGUGGAAUUUGGAGGGAAUAUGAAUCGGUGCUCACACAAGAUUUCAGGGAUCAGGUGGACCAAGUGUUUCAGAAGCAGACGUCCAUGCAGGAGAUGUUUGAGAAGAGGAGAGUCAGCUUGAAAAAGUUAGCGGCCAAACAAACGCGUCCCGUGCAGCCGGUUGCCCCGCGUCCAGAGGCCAUCAUCAAAUCGCCCCUGUCCUCGCCAGUUCAUAGGGAGAAGGCAAUUGAGGGUGACAUCAUCAAUGGAAACUGCAGAAAGGGAGACACAAACUUGCAGAAAGACGGCAGUAGACACCCGUCUGUCUCUGAUGCGGAGGAGAACUUCACUGUGCUCAGACGGCACGUGAUGAAUGAGCUGUUGGAGACGGAGAGAGCUUAUGUAGAGGAACUACUGUGUGUGCUGGAGGGCUAUGCAGCAGAGAUGGAUAACCCAUCCAUGGCUCAACUCAUCCCCAACACAUUACUUCAUAAGAAGGACGUCCUCUUCGGCAACAUGCCCGAGAUAUACCAGUUUCACAAAAAAACGUUUCUUCGUGAGCUGGAGGCAUACACGGACUACCCUGAGCUGGUGGGCCGGUGUUUUCUGGAGAGGAUGACGGAUCUGCAGAUCUAUGAGAAGUACUGCCAGAACAAGCCUCGCUCUGAGUCUCUAUGGAGACAGUGCUCGGACUGCGCCUUCUUUCAGGAGUGUCAAAAGAAACUGGAACAUAAGCUCGGUUUGGACUCGUACCUGCUCAAACCCGUUCAGAGAAUAACCAAAUAUCAGCUUUUACUGAAGGAACUACUGAAGUACAGUAAAGGCUGCGAGGGUGUAGACGACCUGCAGGAGGCGCUCUCCUCUAUAUUAGGAAUCCUAAAGGCUGUCAAUGACUCAAUGCAUCUUAUCGCCAUCACUGGAUUUGAUGGUAACCUGAGUGAUCUGGGUCGUUUGAUGAUGCAGGGGUCGUUCAGCAUGUGGACGGAGCAUAAGAAGGGUCACGCAAAGGUCAAAGACCUGGCACGGUUCAAGCCAAUGCAGAGACACCUGUUCCUCCACCAGAACGCUCUGCUGUUCUGUAAGAAGAGAGAUGAGAAUGGAGAGGGUUAUGAGAAAGCCCCUUCAUACAGCUUCAAACACUCCCUCAACAUGAGUGCCGUUGGUAUUACGGAAAAUGCAAAAGGAGACAACAAAAAGUUUGAGAUCUGGUGUAACUCACGAGAGGAGGUGUAUAUUGUACAGGCACCUACAACCGAGAUCAAAACAGCAUGGGUGAAUGAGAUCCGGAAGGUUCUGACUGGCCAGCUAAAAGCCUGCCGGGAAGCAAGCCAGCAGAAGAGUUCAGAACCGUUAACUCCCACCAGCACCACGCUCAUCAUGAGCCCAUUUAAGACCACCCAAAAGACCCACAAGAAGGGAGACGAGAAGAAAACUGAACCAACAGUAGCUGAUCCCAGCGCAACGUCGUUACCCAAAAACAGUGACAAGGUCAAAGAAGAGACUGUCAUCAGUCCCAACACUGAGAGAGCUGCAGUGGCUAAAAAGCGUUUUACACUGCAGGGCUUCAGUAACCUCAAGAGCCAAAAAGGAGGCCCCCCUAGUCCCGACCACAAAACUAAAAGACACGAGAUUAAGAGCGACCCCACGCCAUUUGGCUUCAGAGGGUUCACCAAGGCGUCGUUGUCUAUGGACGCGUCUGAGGAGAACGAUGGCUACUCGAGCACAGAGGAACCCAUGAACUCUGAUCCCGAGGAGGAGGGAGGGAAGAAACUGUCUCCAGGCAGGUAUGUGGUAGUUGCUGACUAUGACAAAAGCGGAGCGCAGGAGCUGACGGUAAAGAGUGGAGACACAGUGCAGCUGGUGAGGGAGGGAGAUGAUGGACGCUGGUCUGUUCGUAAUAUGAGGACUAAUAAAGAGGGCUGGGUUUCCACUGCGAACCUGCUCACGCUUAUCGGAGAAUCCAGAUCGUCUCAAUCUCUCUCCAGCUCAGAAGGCAGCGGAUCUGGAAACCUCAGCACGUCCUCCAGCUGCAGUGAGACCUACACGAGCUUCUCGGACAUCAAGGCCUGAAGCCGGUUUCUCGCCGCCGCCCCCUUGUGGCAGCUCCUCACAGUGCACUUUCUAUUGAAGCUACUCAAGUCUUUGUACUGUAUUAACCUCCUUAGCUGAGGGGAAAAACAGACAUUCAGGAUAUUUUAGCGUCAAUCCUUCCACCAUUUACCUCUUUAUAAGGGGAGAUGUACAGUUUUGCUAUCCUUUUUUUCUUUCAGAAUGAUGCUGUUACCUUCUCUCACGUUUGCUUGAUUAUAAAAAAGGAUUCUUCAUAAAGAGUGAUUGGGCGAGUCAUCACUUACAUCAGAGUAGCCUGCAGUUUUUCCAUUGAAACGUUAUAGGGUCUCUCUAAGCCCCCAUCAGUUUGAUAGCAUCCGUGUAUUUUUGUGAGUCUACAUUUCUUACUGUCAUAAGGUCCUGUGUGAUUUGCUGUAGCAGCAAGACGAUGAUAUAUUGCGUUUUUUACGAUAAAGAUUCCUUUGGGUCAUGCCUGGUUGAAAUGACUGUGAAAAGUCCUGUCAUUCACUGUAUGUAUUAAUCAAAAUCUGUAUAGUUUAAAUUAUUUCCUGUAAAAGAAGAUUUGUACAGAUAUUAACUUUUAUCUCAUGUUUUUCAUUAAAACAGUAUAUAUAAAUAUACAUAUUGUAUAUGAUGACCACUUUUGUCGUGCGUCAAUGAAUUGUAUUUUAUCGUAUUUAGUUGAACGUAUCACUUCACCCUUCAUGUACACAUGGUAUUACAUUUGUUCUGUAACAGCAUACCAAUUUGUAUUCACAUUUUGUUCAUGUGUCGUCAUGCUUGUGGUUUAAAAAAACAAAACGUACAAUUUGUGUUUAAAUCAGGAUGUCACUUGCAAAGACUUCAUUUUAAAAAAAAAUGAAGUAUUUAUUCAUGUUCAAAUGAAACACUCGAUUUAGGCAAAGAACCAGUAUACUUGUUUAGAUGUAUAGCAAACAUUUCUGUAUUUUAAUUCAAGGUCACAACUGCAAAUGUGUCUUUUAUACGGUCUGCAAUUCAACUUUUACAUUUUAUGUGGCACAUUGCUGCUUGUCAGUUUUAUUCCUCCACGUUUUCAUUUUGGCAUUAAAACCGUAUUAGACUUGUGUACCUGUAUAUGUGUAAAUAUGUAUUUAAGAGGUUGUAUGAUAUGAAUAAAUUUAAAAUGCUAAGGCUUGAAUAAACUUCACUGAAACAUU